AAUUGGCCAAUGGAAAGUUGAAGAUUUCCACGCAAAAACAACGCCCAAACGUCCCUCUCUACCAUCAUCUUUCGCACACUCUAAACCAGUAAUACACGAGCGCCACCUCACAGCCCCCACCAUCUUCGUCAUCAAACCUUCCACUGGGUUUACUUUCCUUCAUCUCAGACUUUUAACACAACCCCAACCGAUUAUCUACUGCAAUUCUUCCUGAUUUUUGCUCUAAUUCAUGAUCGGAGGAAGGGGGGCCUUCUAAUUUCUCCAAUUCCUCCAUUUUCGCCAUCUGGGUCGUGCUCGUUUGAGGUCAAAUACAUGCAGCCAAGUCCUGAUAUGCCUUUUUGGGUGAUUUUGACAUCUGGGUAUUGUUGAUUUGUACGGUGUUUUGUGGGGGUUUUAUGGUUUUGACUCUUGUAGGGAGUUUUCUGCAUCAUUUGGGGGGAAUAAACCAGGCGAAUUGUGAAAGAAAUGAGAAGAAAGUGGCGAGUGGGAUGCCGGGUGGGAGGCUCUCGGUUUUUGAGCAUGUUGGGAGAUUAGGUGGCAGUUUCAAGACUCGAAAGCUUGACAAACAAGCAAAUCAAGCCCUAACUGUUUCUUUGAGUAAAAGGCUUUUCCCUUACUAGUCAAGUGGUAAGGUAGAGCGUAUUCAACUCAGCUGGUUAGAGCAAAGGACUGAAAAUCCUUGGAAACUGUCUUAAGAGGCCAAACAUUUGCUUGUAACCUUCUGUAUUGGAACCUUUAAUAAGUAUUACAGAGAACCUCGAAGUAUAUGCCAUGGCUGAUGGCAGUCCAGGGACCGACAUCUCUACAGACGUCGACACAGAUGACAAAAACCAGAGGCUUGAUAUGGUUCUGCUUAAUGCUGCUGCGGCUUCUGAUUCAAGUGAUAGAACAAAAGAUAAGUCUGAUCAGAAGACUCUACGUAGGCUUGCACAGAAUCGUGAAGCUGCCCGAAAAAGUCGACUGCGGAAAAAGGCAUAUGUUCAACAGCUCGAGAGUAGUCGUUUAAAGUUGACCCAACUCGAGCAGGAGCUUCAGCGAGCACGGCAGCAGGGAAUCUUCAUAUCAAGCUCUGGAGAUCAGGCUCAUUCAAUGGCUGGAAAUGGAGCCAUGGCAUUUGAUGUGGAAUACGCCCGUUGGUUGGAAGACCAAAACAAGCAGAUCAAUGAACUGAGAGCAGCCGUAAACUCUCAUGCAAGCGAUACCGAACUUCGAAUGGUUGUCGAUGGCAUCUUGCUUCACUACGACGAGUUUUUUCAGUUAAAAGGCGUCGCUGCAAAGGCUGAUGUUUUUCACUUAUUGUCUGGCAUGUGGAAAACUCCAGCUGAAAGAUGUUUUUUGUGGCUUGGUGGUUUCCGUUCAUCAGAGCUCCUAAAGCUUCUUGUAAAUCAAUUAGAGCCGCUCACAGAACAGCAAUUGUUGGGCAUAUCAAACUUGCAGCAGUCUUCACAACAAACUGAAGAUGCAUUGUCACAAGGCAUGGAAGCGUUGCAGCAAUCAUUGGCUGAGACAUUGUCCAGUGGAUCUCUUGGCUCUUCGAAUGCGUCUGGCAAUGUGGCUAACUACAUGGGCCAAAUGGCCACGGCCAUGGGGAAACUUGGGACUCUUGAGGGGUUUAUUCACCAGGCUGACAAUCUACGACAACAGACACUGCAACAAAUGCACCGGAUAUUGACAACUCGUCAAUCAGCUCGUGCUCUUCUUGCAAUCCAUGAUUACUUCUCUAGACUACGAGCUCUUAGUUCCCUGUGGCUUGCUCGUCCAAAAGAGUGAAUGACUUUUUGAUGUCUCAAGUAUAUCGACAAAAGCCAUUAGAUAAACAAUUCCAUAGUUUCCAUUUUUCAUUUGUGUGCCUGAUUACACUUGUGACAAUCUAAAGAUGCUACUUGCAACAAUCUGUAUGUAUCAUUGUAUCUGUAUGUUAUUUAAUGCAAGUCUCUUUUUUUGAUAGAAAA